GCAAGCAAAUGUCCGCGACUGGAUCCAUACAAGCAUUCAUCACCGCACUAUAAGUCCGACCUUACCUGUGAGCAGGGUUUACCUGGAUGGUCAAAAGAUGCGGAUUGUAUGUGUGAAUAUCCCGUGGCCGCACGUGAUGCAAAAGGAUGCCCAACCGGAUUUUACACACUUUGCUAUCGCGGUCCUUUUGGCAGCAAUGCAUUACCAGAAGAUGGGGUAUGUUAUUAA